CGCACUUCUUGCUUGCAUCGAAAUUUAAAAAAGAACAUUUUAAUGCUAACAAUGUUUCCUUGCUAUCUUCUUCUAGGAAUCUUCUCGACUGUUCAAACCUGGACAACCUCUUUUGCCCAAAGUCAACUGUGCUUUCCCAAGUCUAUUUAUGCGAUUGAUCAUUCUCUUAUAUGCUCUGACUUAGAUCGAACAUGAUCUAAAACAAUCUGUUUGGUCUUGUAUAUAAACUGUAAUAAAUCGUCUGUUUGUUCCUAAUCCAAUGUCGCUUGUCGAGAUCUCUGGCUCUGAUGCUAUGGCGGCGCCGAUGCCUGGAAGAGUACCACCACCACCACCACGUCCUCCUCCUAUGCCUAGAAGAUUACCUCCGAUGUUUGAUGCCUUUGAUCAUACGGGUGCAGGAAUGGUGUGGGGUUUUCCACGUCCAGCUAAAAAAAGGGCCUCCCUGAAGCCUUUACAUUGGGUUAAAAUAACAAGCGAUUUGCAGGGGAGCUUAUGGGAUGAGUUACAGAGACGACAUGGAGAUUCACAAACUGCAAUAGAACUUGAUAUAUCAGAAUUAGAGACCCUUUUCUUUGUUGAGGCAAAACCUGAAAAAAUUCGACUGCAUGACCUUAGGAGAGCCAGUUACAGGGUUUUUAAUGUUAGAUCCUACUAUAUGAGAGCCAAUAACAAGGUUAUUAAUCUUUCGAUGCCGCUGCCUGAUAUGAUGACUGCAGUCCUGGCAAUGGAUGAGUCUGUAGUAGAUGUUGAUCAAAUAGAGAAACUUAUAAAGUUUUGCCCAACAAAUGAGGAGAUGGAGCUUCUUAAGACCUACACUGGUGACAAGGCAGCCUUGGGAAAGUAUGAACAGUACUUACUAGAGCUAAUGAAGGUGCCACGACUUGAGGCAAAGCUUAGAGUAUUUUCCUUCAAGACUCAAUUUGGCACUAAGAUAACAGAACUCAAAGAAAGGUUAAAUGUGGUAACUUCUGCGUGUGAGGAGGUCCGUUCUUCAGAAAAGCUAAAAGAAAUUAUGAAAAAGAUUCCUUGCUUGGGUAACACAUCGAACCAAGGACCUGACAGGGGCAAAUCCUCUGUGGUUGAUAAGAACCUUUCUUUCUCCAGUGGAAUUCAACUAAAAGAAAUUAUGAAAAAGAUUCCUUGCCUGGGGAACACAUCGAAGUCGAACCCGAGGGUGGGAGUCAAGUUGGACAGUUCAGUAAGUGAUACACAUACUGUUAAAAGCAUGCAUUAUUAUUGCAAGGUCCUUGCUUCCGAGGCAUCAGAACUACUGGACGUCUAUAAGGAUCUUCAAAGUCUUGAAUCAGCUUCAAAGAUACAAGUGAAGUCUCUGGCUCAGAAUAUCCAAGCUAUAAUCAAAAGAUUGGAAAAACUGAAGCAGGAGCUCACUGCAUCCGAAACUGAUGGUCCUGCUUCUGAAGUUUUCUGUAAUACAUUGAAGGACUUCAUUUCCAUUGCUGAGACUGAAAUGGCAACUGUAUUGAGCCUUUACUCUGUCGUGAGAAAAAAGGCUGAUGCACUUCCGCCCUAUUUUGGCGAGGAUCCUAACCAAUGUCCAUUUGAACAACUUACUAUGACUCUCUUUAACUUUAUAAAGUUGUUUAAGAAAGCACACGAAGAGAAUGUUAAACAAGCUGACUUGGAGAAGAAGAAAGCCAUGAAGCAGAUUGACCUUAGGAGAGCCAAUGACACGGAAAUUAUGCUUACUAAAGUAAACAUUCCGCUGGCUGAUAUGAUGGCUGCAGUACUAGGAAUGGAUGAGUAUGUACUAGAUGUUGAUCAAAUAGAGAAUCUUAUAAGGUUUUGCCCAACAAAGGAGGAGAUGGAGCUUCUUAAGAACUAUACUGGUGACAAGGCAACCUUGGGAAAGUGUGAGCAGUUAGCUAAAGCUAAAGCUCCACUGAAAGAGCAUUUCCGGGUGAUUAAUGCGUUUCCUUCACUCACACCGCAGUACUUCCUAGAGGUAAUGAAGGUGCCAGGAGUAGAAUCAAAGCUGAGAGCAUUUUCCUUCAAGAUUCAAUUUGGCACUCAGAUAGCAGAACUCAAUAAAGGUUUAAAUGCGGUUAAUUCUGCAUGUGAGGAGGUCCGUACUUCAGAAAAGCUAAAAGAGAUUAUGGCAAAUAUCCUCUGCAUGGGGAACAUAUUGAACCAAGGAACUGCGGAGGGCAGUGCCGUGGGAUUCAAGUUGAAAAGUUUAUUGAUAUUAAGCGACACAUGUGCACCUAACAGCAAGAUGACUCUCAUGCAUUAUCUUUGCAAGGUCCUUGCUUCCAAGGCAUCAGAUCUACUAGACUUCCAUAAAGAUCUUGAAAGUCUUGAAUCAGCUUCAAAGAUACAAUUGAAGUCUCUGGCUGAGGAAAUACAAGCUAUAACCAAAGGAUUGGAAAAACUGAACAAGCAACUCACUGCAUCUGAAAGUGAUGGUCCAGUUUCUCAAGUUUUCCGUAAAGUAUUGAAGGACUUCAUAUCCAUGGCUGAGACUCAAGUAGCAACGGUAUCGAGUCUUUACUCCUCCGUGGGAAAAAAUGCUGAUGCACUUGCACACUAUUUUGGCGAGGAUCCUAACCAUUAUCCAUUUGAAAAAGUUACCACGACACUCUUGAGUUUUAUAAGGUUGUUUAAGAAAGCACACGAAGAGAAUGUCAAGCAAGCGGACUUGGACAAGAAUAAAGAUGCUAAGGAAGCGGAAAUGGAGAAGACGAAAUAA